UUUACAAACAGUUCCUUGCACGGUUCUUAGUCAAAUAUAACUAUACGUGGAGGAAUCGCUGUGUUGUAGAGACUGAUAUUACUGGGGAGUCAUGUUACCAGUGCUGGUGGUGCACGGGGGCGCAGGACACAUCCCUAAAGAGAGGGCGGAAUUAUCCUGCGGCGGGGUGAUGGAGGCCGUGAGAGGAGGUUACUCCAUCCUUCGGGCUGGAGGCAGUGCUAUGGAUGCUGUGGUGGAGGCGGUCACCCUGCUGGAGGACAAUCCUGCGUACAAUGCAGGUAGAGGCUCGGUGCUGAACGUGAAAGGUGAGGUGGAGAUGGAUGCUCUGGUGAUGGACGGCAGGACUCUGGGAAGUGGGGCUGUGUCUGCUGUCAGGAGAGUGAAAAACCCCGUCCAGCUGGCCAGACUUGUCAUGGAAAAGACCAAUCAUUUGUGUCUGACUGCGGAGGGGGCAUCCCAGUUUGCACGAGCUAUGGGUAUGGAGGAGGUGCCCGAGGAGUCUCUGAUCACAGACUACGCCCGAAUGCGCUGGAGAAAGAACCUGGCACCGGGCGCCAACCCUGUGGAAUGCCAGAUGGGCAAAAUGGGCACAGUUGGUGCCGUGGCGGUGGAUGUGGAGGGGAAUAUUGCUUGCGCCACCUCCACCGGCGGCAUGCUGAAUCAGAUGGCGGGUCGUGUGGGGGACACGCCUUGUGUAGGGUGUGGAGGAUACGCAGACAAUAAGGUGGGGGCCGUGUCACCCACAGGUCACGGAGAGGCCAUCAUGAAAGUCACUCUGUCCAGACUUAUUCUCUUCCACAUGGAACAAGGAAAGUCGGCAGAGGAGGCCAGUGACCUGGCGUUGGCCUACAUGCGUGAGAGGGUGGGGGGCCUGGGUGGAGUGGUAGUGGUGGAUCCUCAGGGAAACUGGGCAGCUCGUUUCAGCAGCCUGCAGAUGGCUUGGGCAGCAGCACGACAGGGCCAGCUUCACUAUGGACUGUAUACAGGAGAACACUUCACAGAGCCUUUAGAGAAGCCUUCUCAAUAAACACACACACACAGACACACACACACACACACAGACACACACACACGUUCAGACAGAGAGAGAAGGACAGACGGGGAGAGAAAUCAGUAUGUCCAAGUUUUUUUUUUUGUUUUUUUUUUUAAUUAACACAAGUCAUUUACAGUGAAGAUGGGUCAGUGUUCAAGUGAAUUUACUGUAUUCCAUUAUCCUGCCAAUAAAUACUAAAAACCUCUGUGACCUCUAGUAGAGAGAGUAAUGUUAAAACAGUCGAGAUUGGAGGACUUACACUCCAUUACCCACCGGUGAACUCUGACUCCAUGAUGAAUGGUAUAAGUAGCUGGCUAACGUUAGCCUGUAACCUUGACAUCUGUAAGAACAGGAUGAGGUAAUCCUGGAAACAUGUCACGUUACGACCUCACUGUUAGUCCUGAUCCAUGUCCAAAUGAUGAUGUUGAAUAGGACUCCAUGCUGUCAGAAAAUUAAAAGUUUACAUGUUCAUUAAUUGUGAUUUUUUUUUUUUAUGUUUGUUAAAUGUUUUCAGAACUUGAGCACAUCUUAAAUGUAGAUUCCAUUUUUAAAAGAAAUGA